AUGGCUCCCAACCCUCGCAGGACUACCAGGACGGCGGUGACUCGCUCUUGCAAUGAUAACAAGGGCCUGUCGCUAAAUACCACCGUCACCCUCCGGAAGAGCCCGACCUUCCACUCUCCCACCAGUCCUUCUUCAGCUUCUAGUACAUUCGUGCCUCCAUCAAUCCGGCGGUCACAAACAAACCUCGACGAUGUGGUUGAUGCUCAUCGCCGUCGUGCCGCUCUGAUUGUCGACGACGUCGACAAGUCCCUCUCUAAGAACGAACCCGAGUCUCCAUCGUCCUCAUCCAGACGGACGAUGCGUGACCGUAGCCUUCCCCUCCCGCCAGGUCUCCUCGACCUCCCCGUUGUCGACCCAGCCAUGGCCGACUCCGAGAGGCGUGUCCUGCGCUCGCGCAACAGGCGGGCUUCCGGCAACCAUCCCUCAGAUAGCGGUUUGGGAACUUCCAUUACAGAAACGUCGGCGAAGCGCGCCGCGACCCAAGGCUCGAAAAAGAUCGGUGUCUCAGCCAUAACUAGGUCUGCUGCCACCACCAUGUCCGAGAACCUUCCAGGUCUUAGCCAGAGGGCCAGGGCCCGCAUUCAGGAGCAUACUCUGAGACCUCUGCUUGCCAAACCUUCUUUGAAAGACUUCCGUCCAAUUGUACUGGACAUUCCACGACGCAUCAGCGACAGGGAGAUCAUCUGCCUGCGAGAUCUAGAAAAGACUCUUAUUUUCAUGGCUCCGGUAAGUCAGCUAAUGAACGAUCCUGGUGUUUGGGGUGAUACUUAUCGGUUUUUGCGUUUGAAGGAGAGGACAAAAACCCCUGAGCUCUACCUCGAUUUCUGCCUCACCUCAGUACGCUGCAUUCAAACGACGGCCGAAUUCCUCAGCGAGCGAGAGAAGACCCGCCCAACCGAUCGCCUUUACACUAACGCCUAUUUCAUGGAUCUGGAGGACCAGCUCCGCCAGUACGCCAGCCAACUAGCAGCCACCAAGCAACAACCCGCUACCGCCACUUCUGGAGAAAAGCACGACGAUAUGGAACUGGAUAUCUCUGAUGAGAUUAGGCUCCUCGGCGGCCUGGCCAAAAACGGCCGCCCCGCUGAGCUCGUCCGUGUGAAAAAGGACGGCAGGGCCUUUUCCAUGGCUACCGGUGAGCUCGUCAACCUCGACGACGAGGACGCCAAGGGAGGCGCUUUUAGGAUCAAGCGAUCCUCGAGCCACGUCGAGGAAGAGGAGGAGGACAUCCUCCGCUCCAUGGCCCGCAGGAAGAAGAAUCCCACCCCCGAGGAACUCGCUCCCAAGAAGUGUCGUGAGCCUGGAUGCAAUAAAGAAUUCAAGCGCCCUUGCGACCUCACCAAGCACGAGAAGACGCAUUCUCGCCCUUGGAAGUGCCCCGUGAAGUCAUGCAAGUACCACGAGUACGGCUGGCCCACGGAAAAGGAGAUGGACCGUCACCACAAUGACAAGCAUUCCGAUAGUCCAGCCAUGUUCGAGUGCCAUUAUAAGCCUUGCCCGUACAAGUCGAAGCGUGAAUCGAACUGCAAGCAACACAUGGAGAAGGCUCACGGAUGGACUUACGUGCGAACGAAGACCAACCGCAAGAAGGCUGCCAACGCUGCCGAGUCGAGCAGCACAGUCCACCCCACUCCUCAGCUCACCAAUAUGUCUACUCCCGAGAGCCAUUUGGGCGGUCUCGCUACACCCGGCUCCGAGCACAGCGAGCAGUUUAUGGAUCUCCCCGACAACAGCCUCACCUUCCCCAAGUUCAUUCCGAAUGAUGACCUUUUCAACAUUAACCAACCUCCCAUCCACAUCCCCGAGCUUGAUAACAUGCACAUGGAGGUGGAUCUUUCCCCCGUCGAGCCUUUUAACGUUGAUACCCCGUCCACCGGACCUUUCGAGCACUACUCGAGGUUUCAGGACGGAACUGGCUUCACGCUCGAUGAUGACCUCUACACGGCGACGGCACAGAUGCCAACUCCCGACCCUGCCCUCUACGCCAAAGUAAUGCCACAGCAGCCCUUCCUGGCCUAUCCUGAUGCCAUGGGCAACGCUCAACCCGAGUAUCUGCCUACGCCACACAUCUCGCCAAUUGGACAGCCCAGCGCCAUGCUCUAUACUCCUAAGUCUCUCCAGGAGGUUGUGGACGAGGGCUUCGAGGACUUUACCCAGUGCGAUGGGGGUUUUGACCACGACUUUGCGCUCUUCCCUGGCGCUACAAAGAUGGAUAGCUUCGAGCCGCUCUUUAACAAUGAGAUGCCGAGUGCGGGUAUGGGCUACUCUCAACAAUCGCAGGACAUGUUGACCGGCAUGGACUGGACCGCUCAUGACUUUGGCGCGUACAAUGAGUAA